AAAAACCGGAUGAACAACUCCUCGAUUCCAACUAAUGCAAAUCGGCAAUGAUAGUAACCCUGAAUCCAUCCGGGGCAGCCGGGGAUGUCGGGUCCCUUGGAGAUAAUCUUCAGCCCUGCCCUGUUCUGUUUGGAUGACCCUGGACUCCUGGAGAGGGUCUGAUUUCACUGGGAAAACGCCAACGCCACGAUUGGCCACCCUCACUAAUAUCCAGGACCAGGAUGGGAUGAGUAAACUGGUGCUAAGCAACGAGGUCAUCACCGUAAGGAACCCAGAUUAUUACUUGUUCGUCCCUACAUACUCACGAUAUGAUAUCUAAUUUCUAUUUUACUCCUUAUUUGCCUUCACCUGGCGUAUUCACGCCGUAUAGGAAAGUGUCGCUUUUGGUUACAAGUUGUCAGUUGAGUCUUAAUGUCAAUUUGACGGAUUAAUACACCCGAGGAUCCUGUACGGAGCGACCGACUCGAGUUUCCAAGAUGAAUCCUACACAUCAGGUCAACUCUGACCCCAACCACCCGGACGAAGUGCAGACCACGACCUUUUCUCCCUCAACCACGACAACUACCGGCCCUGAUGGGACUGUCACCCAGAUAUACCAUGACGACCCGACAUCUACGACGUCGCCGUCACGCAACACCCCAUCGCAGCAUGUCUCACCCAUGCCGUCUGCUCAGCAGACCCCUCCGCAAGUCGACUCCCACGCCCUGCGACCACCUCCUCACUCUCGCGAUUUCGCCACCGUUCCUCAGUCGAAUCUCCUUCAACCCGAACCCGCUCGUCCACAGCGAAGUCGCCGACCAAGUAUCCGAAUCCGACGCAUGGAAUCCGGAGCAAGCUUGAACCGACAGCCUUCCAACACCGCACAGACGCCGGCUCAAUCGGUUGCGCAACUGGAGCACAUACCCAGCGAUGGAAGCGGCGGUCGAAUAAGAAGUCGGUCGGAGCCACAGCGGCCGUCGAUGGAGCUAAUUGGGGGUCCUCGGAACAUUGCGCCUGCGAUGGAGUGCCUGCGCGAAGAAGAACCACAUACCUCGCAGCCUCAUCCUGCCUAUGUGCCCGAGUAUGGGAUACAUCGAACGCAGACGGCCCCCGAUUUUCAGGACGAUUGGGCACAACGGGAGGGAAUCCCGCCUGAGAAUCUCCAUGCCGCUCGCCAUGCAAAUCAACAUUGGGGGGGUAUUCGGAGCGCGACGCGAGGGUUUUUCGGGGGGUUCAAUCGGAGACCACAGGUUGAUUACCCGGAUAAUGCGGUAAAUGAGAAUAGUGUGCAACUUGGCGAGUAUGGGCCCGAGAUCGUCGAUUACCUUGACGUUGUUGAUCCGGAGGUGUCCACCUUGACCACGCUUACAAACGUGCAAAACUCCCUUUUCGUUCCCGAUUUGGGUGGCUGGCUUAAUCGAAGACCAACAUAUACCGUCACUCGGCCGGCCCCGGGGCCUCCUUACCAGGAACCAGAACCCGAGGGUCUACCGACAAUAUCGACAGAAGAUAUCUCAAAAAUGACAACCGCCGAACGGACACAGACCCGCGAUACCAUCAGCUCGACACUCACGGACUCGCGGUAUGCUGUCCUUCCCCACGGCAUGUCGCUCGACGGCUGGGGUCCUGGCGAGAAGGAGGAACUGAACGACCACGUGAGACACAUGCUGCAUUCACGACGAUCAAGACUCAAGCGGUCGAUGAAAGGAUUCGGCCAAUAUGUUAAACGGCCACUGGGGUUCCUCGUCACGCUGUAUGCGACGCUCAUCACCCUCUUUGGACUCGCAUGGGUGCUCUUCUUAAUCGGUUGGAUCUACCUUGGCGAUCGCCAACUCUACGUCGUCCACAUCAUCGACAGCGUGCUCGUCGCGCUCUUCGCCGUAGUCGGCGAUGGCCUCGCGCCCUUCCGCGCCGUCGACACUUACCACAUGAUCUUCAUCGCCAAAUACGGCCACAAAACAUGGGAGCUACGGAACAAGCGCGGGCUCCCCGAGCUUAAAAACAAAAACGAUUUCCCCACCCGGCAGAUCGGCGAGCCGAAGCCCGAACCCAAACCCAUCGACCCGAACGACGAUGCCGCUAUCGCCGACCAGAAGUUCAAGGAGCAACGCCACUGCGACGAGCGUGAGAAGCCCGUCGAGGAAGCCGAAUCCACGCCGCGCCGCGACUCUGACACCGACGUCGAAAACGACGCGGCGUCCAUUAAAACCGACCUGUCGUCGUGGGAAUACACAGUGCUCACACCUAAAGAACAGCAGCGGCUCUCACACCACCAGAAAAAGUUCGCGCGCUCCCACACGUUCUACAAGCCGCACGAAACACCCACGCACUACGCGUUCCCGCUCCGCUACCUCAUCGCAAUCGUCGUCCUUCUCGACUGCCACUCCCUCCUCCAAAUCUCGCUCGGCGCCUGCACGUGGGGGAUCUACUACAAAGUGCGGCCGGUCGCGAUCACCACGGUGAUCCUCUGCUUCAGCAUCGCGUGCAACAUCACGGCGGGGGUGCUGAUCUCCAUAGGGGAUCGGAAAACGCGGAAGAAGGACGUGCGGGAGCUACUGAAGCGGCAGAAGUUGACGGGGGAGGCGGUGAAGGUGAUUGAGAAGAAGAAGGAAAAGGAGAGGAGGAGGGGGGAGAGUAUGGAUGUGGAGAGGCGGGGAAAGAGUUUGGAUUUUGGGAGAAGGGGGAAGAGUGUGGAGGUAGGGAGGAGGGGCAAGAGUAUGGAUGUGCGGAGGAAGGGGGAGAUGAGUUGGGACGUUGAAAAAAGCGAUGGGGAGAGGGUGGGUGCUUAUGAGGGAACAUGAUGGAAAUGGUUUGGGAAAGUUUGAGAUGAUUCGUACAGAUGGUCUGGUAUUUAGCGUGAUUGGAUACCAUUUGUAGAUAAGACUGAGCGGGCU